UCUGAGGAAACAGAUGAUGGCGCUUGACUGACGGUAGAACCCCCGAGAAGGAGGAGAGACGAGAAACCGCAUUCUUCGGGACCACUCCCAAGACGUAUCGCCGAACUUAAUGGACCAUUUGAAAGGUUUGAUGGGGUCGAGAAUUGUGAACUUCACUGGAUUUGCACCUAGUUCAAGGCGGAUCCACCCAAUUUGCAAAGUAUUCAUAUCGCUUGCCAUGGGAAGAAACUUCUAGUAUUUCUUUUCUCUCUUUUUUGCUGAUUUGCACCAACCUGGCAUUACACGCAGGAGAUCGCCGAAAGCUUUGGACCAGGAUUCGAGAUGCCACCUCAGUUCUUGUCGCAGUGACCAAAGCAGUGCCAGAUGUUGAUCGUGCAUAUAACUAAACUGAGUAUUUAUUUAAUGACUUCUGCAUGGACUAUUAUUCAUGUUUGGGUACCCAUUAGUCUCAUAUUUCCAUGUCAGCAUCGACAAAAUCCGGAUUUAAGAGCCACUUAGGACUUGAAGUGAAAUAUGAUCGUUUUAACAGCUAAAUUAGUCCAUUGCUUCCAAGUCGCAAUUGCACGUUCCACUCGUCUGGAUCUGUGGAAUGAUUCUUCAUUCUCUUGUGCCUCUUGCUUGACACUGAAACCUACACCUUUGGAUCAACAAUCUUGAAUAUCACAGCGUCGCACUUCUUCACGAUAGAGUUUAAAAUGCUCUUGUCUGUUGUUGACACUUGCAAAUAACAUUUGCGACCAGGGAUGGCUUUUACACAUCUGGACUGUGUAUGAGAACUGCAAUCCAGCUCUUUAUUUAUGCGAUGGGGCUUUCAAGAAAAAAAUGACCUAACAUGGAAACACUGACUUCUCCUCUCACCUCCAAAAUAAAUGUAACUAGACCAGACUCUUUUUCCCAUGCACACUGCUAGCUUGAUGUUCUGCCAAAAAUAUACCCUGGUUUUUCUUUUAAAUAUUCUUCAGAGCAACUGCUGAAAUUAAUCUUUGCUUUUGAGACGUCCUGUUCUGAUGCCAUGCUACAACGGCAAGUUGGCUUUGUCCCGUGUUAGCAUAAUACUUUCACUUCCAGUAGUUCUAGAAGUUCUUGUGCCAAGAGUCGUAAUUCAUCGCAGCCAUGGGUAUUCAGGGAAUGGAGCUGUUUGCCAUUGGAGUGGUCAUCAUUCUGUUUGUGGCUGUUCUCAAACAGUUCGGCAUUCUGGAGCCCAUGUCGCUGGAAGACGACAGCAGUGAAAGUGACCUAGAGCUGUCCACGGUGAGACAUCAGCCUGAGGGUCUGGAGCAGCUGCAGGCUCAGACCAAAUUCACCAAGAAGGAGCUGCAGUCCCUUUAUCGGGGAUUCAAAAAUGAGUGCCCAAGUGGUUUGGUUGAUGAGGAAACUUUCAAGACCAUCUACUCUCAGUUCUUUCCCCAAGGAGAUGCCACCACAUACGCCCAUUUCCUGUUUAAUGCAUUUGAUCUUGACAGAAAUGGCUCAAUUCGUUUUGAGGACUUUGUGAUUGGUCUGUCCGUGUUGCUGAGAGGAUCUGUCACCGAAAAGCUCAACUGGGCUUUCAACCUUUACGACAUCAACAAAGAUGGUUACAUCACUAAAGAGGAGAUGCUGUUAAUCAUGAAGUCAAUCUACGACAUGAUGGGCAGGUACACAUACCCCAGUGUGCGAGAUGAAGCUCCAUCUGAACAUGUAGAAAAGUUCUUCCAGAAAAUGGACAGAAAUCGAGAUGGUGUGGUCACCAUUGAGGAGUUUAUUGAGACCUGUCAGAAAGAUGAAAACAUCAUGAACUCCAUGCAGCUCUUCGAAAAUGUGAUAUAGGACGGGUUUGGAGCAAUCUGAAGCUAAUACAGCCCUCAAUCUCCCAAACCAGUUCUCUCCACAUGUCUAUAUACCAAACUAGCACAGCAGUCACUCUCUGUCUUGUCCUGUAGCACUACUCCCAUGCCUGCUGCACUCUGUAGAAUCCUAUAUAGACCAACACAUAGCCUACGGUAUGGCUUCACAGUUUGUACUUCACAGCAGGACUACUUUCAAUAAGAAAAGCCUGGACGGCUGGGAUCCUUCCUGUUGCUAAAUACUGGCAACCAUGUGGUGGAACUUUCUGAUCAUUUUGCAUCACUGGUUGAUGGAUUCCAAUGGAGUCUCCAACACUUCGGACUGCUUUCUUCUGCCUUAUGAAUAAGGGACAUUACAAGACUCAAUCUUUACCUUCCAAGACACCAUAGUUUGAAGGACAGUAAAGCAACUAUGGAUUUCAAGGGACCCAAAGGAGCAUCUAGCACCAAUGACCAAUGAGUUGAAGCACGAGACUACACGUAAUACUCACCAAAAGAACAAAAUAAAUGUGAUGAAGAACGACCUGAAGCAUGCCUGUCCAGAUAUGUGAGAUUUUUGUGAUUUUCUUGCAUGGAGACUGACAAAAGUUGUACAUUUUCUUCCUUGUAAGCCAGUAGGUCCCACAGAAAAUUGUAAGCAAACUAAAGCAACAGUAUGCGUGGAGUUAGAUAGUGUGCCAGUGUUUAUAAGUUCUGCUCAAACCUGUAUUGCACAUGUCAGUGGGGCCAGGAUAAUUUGUUUGGUCACAUUUGAUUCUUGCACAGCAAUGCGGUAUAUAUAUAAAUUAUAUUUACAGUAUAGGAAAUUUAGAAGUAUUGGAAUAUGUGUUUUAUUUUCAGGAAUGUAUUUAUUUGUCAGGCAGUGUUUAAUGGAAUGCAGGGUUUGGGCAUGAAUGAACAUGUCCAGGUUAUUAAAAAUGUGGUUUACAUAUGUUAUUAUGCUUAUGUUAAAAAAUAAUAAUAAUUUGGAUUUUGUUAUAUAUAUUUGAAACAGACUGAUAUAAAUAUACUGUAUGAGAGGCUUGUUUAUCUUCAUUUUUUUCUUUUGCCUAGAUAUUGUUUUGUAAAGUUUAUUUAUUAUUAUUUGAUGAAGUACAGUAUACACGAUUGACAACUUUGAGCAUCUCCUGCUUAUGAGACAGUUGUAUUAUCCGGAAUAUGGGGCAGUUAUUGUAACUUUACGCAACAAUAGCAUUUUAUAAAUAUUGUACACCUAUAAAAGAAUAAAUACUACAACUAACGUGAAGUUAAAAAGUUCAGAGUAAAUUAAAAGUUUCUUUUCAGUUCACUUUCAGAUUGUAAAAGCUAUUAUUGUUUUGUUUUUUGUUCAUUUUGUUGGAACAGAUGCAGAUUCAUGUAGAUCUAAUGAAUAAAAGAUGCACUACUCUUGAUCAAAA